GAAUAAGAUUUAUCAGGUUAGGGCACUGCUCCAGGGCGCGAUGGAGGUGCGGAUUCAGGUCGAGGUCGCGCUUUGGAGCAGGAUUUGGAUUCGACGCCCCUUCCUUUUCUUCGCGUUGCUGCUCGUUCUUAUCUCUUCUUCCUUCCUCUCCUCCGCUUCCUGCUCUUCCUCUGCUCUCUCCCUCACUCAUCCUAUCUACUAUUACUUCCGCCUACUCUACCUCCACCCCCUGAUCCGUCCCUCUCAAACACUCCUCCAGCUCUCCCCUACAUCCCUGCGACCCCACCUACCCGCCGAUCGCAUCCGUCAACUACCCGCUCCUCGGGCAUUCAUCUUAGAUCUUGCAAUCACACACACCACUACAAACACCCCGCCAUGUCCUCGCCAAAGGAAGAUCCUCCUGCUUCUGAAGCCCCCGAUGCGGCCGUCGAGAAGCUGCCCUCGGAUGCUCCUGCAGCCGUUGCCGCAGACGACCGAUCCUCUGAUCCGGCUCCAUCAGAGACUCCAGUCGAAUCAGAGAAAAAGGCCCCGGCUCCGUCCACUCCUGUUGCAUCGUCUUCCUCCUACCUACCCGGUUCGGUUGUGCUUGCCAAACUGAAGGGCUUCCCUCCAUGGCCUGCUAUGGUCCUUACCGACGACUUACUCCCCCCUCAUAUUCUGAAGUUAAAGCCCAAAUCCAGCGCGUCGACCCCCGGAUCGGCCAAGCUCAAGCGAAAGAGCCUUCCUGCU